AUGAAGGUUGAGAAAGCCAUAGCGAACAAGAGUAAGAAGGAACAUGUAGCUUAUGUCGAUUUGGAAGACAAUAACUUGGCAUCAGAUGUCGAAUACAACCAUGUCGAUGAGAUGGAGGUUGAUGUGGCUGAAUUAAAACCAGGGGCCCCAUAUGUGUGUAAGUUGCUUACACUUGCAAAUGGGAAGAACCCUUCUGAGCCUGGGAAAAAUGAUAAAUUGCCUAAGAGGACAUAUACCUUUGACGUAACCAAAUGCGAUGAAAUCUUUGAUUUGUUGGUUGCAAAUGGCCAAGUACUGGUGCCACUAGGCGUAGAAGUACCACUAUUAGAACAAAAGAGGAAACGAGGCAGGUUAAAGUUUGCAAAAGGCAAAAUUCAAAUGAAGAUCGACUUUGACCCAUUACAAGUCGGAGACACCAGCUAUGAAGAGCUUGUGGCGAUCAAUAUGGUCGAAAUUACUGAGGAUUUCAAGGAUAUUGAAAAUCAGAUUGAAGAUGUGUACCCAAAGGCUGGUGAAGGGCGUGUGGAAAUCCUCCACAAGUGCAAGGCUGAAGACUCAGAGGUAAUGUUGUAUCCUCGAUGCAACACGGUAUUUGAUAAGAAAGCUGCAAAGAAAGUCGAAUUCGCCCAGCAGGAAAAAAAGUAG